AUGACUGCCGAAGAGUUUGAGGAGCUUGCCCUCAAUGGCCACAAUUACCCUACAUGGGCUAUGGACAUCAAGAUCAGUCUUGCGUCCCGUGGGAUAGCGCGUGCAAUACAACCCCCGGAGACUCCUCUCCCGGCUGGGGCCACGCCGCUGACAGAACAGCAGAACUAUGCUGCCUUAUUCAUCAUAAGGCAUCAUAUUCAUCCAGAUCUCAAGUCUGAGUAUUUACAGGAGGAAUCUCCUAGUACUCUGUUUCUGGCCCUCAAAACGAGGUAUGAACAGCAGAAGGCAGUAGUCCUGCCCGAAGCACUCCAUGAUUGGACUCAUCUCCGUCUUCAGGAUUUUUCAAGUCCAUCGGAACCUACUGAGGGGGAGAAGAUAGAGAAAACUUUGUCUACUAUGCUCCCUUCAGAUAGGAUCCUCCAACAACAAUACCGUGCUUGUAACUACACUGUCUAUUCCGAGCUUAUUCACAUGUUACUUCACGCUGAAAAGCAUGAUGAGCUACUUGCUAAGAAUGGCUCUCAGCGCCCAGUUGGGGCACAACCUUUACCUGAAGUCCAUCUGAAUGUUGCAAAUAGACAAAAGUUUAAUGGUACCCCUCGGGGUAAACAAUCCAAUUUCAAGCAUAAGCGAAAGCGCAAUGGGAACAGGAGAUCUAGAUACCCAGGCAAGGGAAAAGGCACUUCAAAGCCCAGGCUUGAUAAAUCUAAGCUUUGCAACAAGUGUGGAUGCUCCACGCAUUCUACUGAAAAGUGCACAAUGCCCAAGCAUCUGGUUAUGCUGUACCAGCAAUCUCAGGGACGCAAAGCACCUCAAGGGAAAAGGUUUGAAGCCAACUUCAACCUUCAUCCGGAUAGCGCAAAAGGAGCUGGUGGUUCGCACGAUGUUCCUCCUGGACCGAGCAACGCCGUGGUUCCUUAUCUGCCUGAGGCUACUGCUGAAAUGGAGAACACGUUGAUUGAGUACACCGCAAACAACGUGUUUGGCGACUUCGACUAG